GGAAUUUCCUCUCAAAAAACAUCAUGGUUCUUGCCCGAUGUUUGUAUUUAUGAAAAGUACUCGUUGAUAAACAUAAUUUUAAUGUAAAUCUAGAAUAAAAUGGUGUCAGAAGGGGAAAUCUGGAAAUUAGAAAAGGAUUUGUGCAGGUGUUGUCACGCGGAAGGUAAUUUUGAGAACUUGGCGAACGAGCAAGAAAUUUAUUCAGACAUGCUGCGAUAUUGUUUUGAUAUUGAUGUGACGCCGGUGCCUGGGGCGUUAUGCGCUGUAACUUACACAAUAUGUCCGGAGUGCAUUUUAAAAUUACGUGACGCGAGUGCGUUUAAAAAGCAGGUGCAGCUUUGCGAAGAAAAGUUCCUCAAAUUUUACUAUAAGAAGGCUAUAACAGUCAAUGAGCAAGAUGAGCCUGAUCAGGAAGUCGAAGAUGAACCAGAAGUAUAUUUUGACAUGGAUUUCCCCGAGGAACUGUCACCUGAUGAAGACAUGCCCACAAAAAGGAAAUACAAAAUACACGACUAUGAAGAUGACAUAUACAAUAAAGACCAAUCAGAGGACGAAGAAGAAGAAGAGAAGGUUAUAAAGAAGAUUCCCGCCACUACAAAAAAGAAGAAGGAGCCGCAGAAGCAGAAGACGCGAGCGAAGGAGAAGCAGAAAGAGAAGGAGACGCAGAAAGAGAAGGAGACGCAGAAAGAGAAGGAGAAGGAGAAAGAGAAGCAGAAAGAGACAGACGAGACGCAGAAAGAAGGCGCGUUGCUGAAGGUAAAAUUCCGCCUACGACCGUGCGACUAUGCGAUCGAAGAUGAAAAGCUACGCUGCAAGAAAUGCGACAAGCUAUUCGUCACAAAGAGCUCGCUCAGUUAUCAUAUGAAAAGUGUGCACUACAAACUGCCUAAAUACAAGUGUUAUAUAUGCAAAAUGGAGUUCAUGACCUUGACGCAGUUUGUGACCCACAAACUAAACGUACACAAUAUAGACGAUAGGAUACAUUGCUCCGCGUGCCAAGCUUUAUUCAAGACUAAGAGGCUACUGAGAAGGCAUAUCAAUGGAUUCCACAUGAUGGGCAGGAAAUAUAAAUGUCCUUCGUGCGAUUUUGAGACUUACAACCAUAAAAGUUUGAAGACCCACGAGUAUAAACACAAAACGGUGAAGGAUUACCAGUGCAGGUUCUGUAAGAAGGCAUUCUUGAGGAAAAACAACCUGGUCCUCCAUGAGAAGAUUCAUACGGGGGAUAAAAAAAAGGUGUGCAAGGUCUGCAGUCAGGCGUUUGUACAGAAGGCCAGUUUGAAUUAUCAUAUGAAGAAAUAUCACCCGGAAGUCGUGUUUUAGUCGGUUUUGUGAUUUUCGGAAGAGUUGGAACUUUGCUAGAAAUAACGGGCAGGAGUGUUUGGUUGGCAACGACAUUGUUUCCAUGGUUAAUAUUUUCAUGUAUAGGUUAUAGUCAAACUCUGAAGCUCGAGCACUCGUAGGUUGGACUGGUCAAACCUCAGGUAUGGCAUAAUGAUUUUGUCAAAGCUCAAAUAAUUGUAAUAUUUCGGCCUUUUGCUAAACAUGUUAACGGUUGUCCGAAAACCGAUGUUGUCCGAAAGUUAACGGUUUUCGAUUUAUAUUUAACUUUGUGAUUUUUGAAAAAAUAUCAACUUUUACCCCUUUUCGACAUUAUUUAAAAAAAUUUAGUGGUAAAAUGUUAUUAAACAUAUUUUUUCUAGUAGAGGACUUAGCAACAUAACAUAAUAACCCAUAAACAUAUCAAUAAAUGCUUAAUAAGUAAUCGUUAAAAAUAAACAUAUUUUUGAUUUAUUUGCAUAAACUAACGUCACUCGAGUUAAAGUGCUACGCAGCUUAAAAAAUCACUAUGAAGCUAAAUGUACAAAUUACUGAUAAAACUUCCUCAUCUAAUAAGCUAUGCAAAAAGGUAUAAUAGUCAAUAUUUAACUGCCUAAAAAUAAUUAUUAUCAUUAUUGGCGCUGUAACAGUCAGAGUAUCCACUGUAUUUUUUAUGACGACCGGUUUUCUACCUGAGUGAGUUUUUUUCACGUGCAAACGAGGCCCUGAUUGGUUGUUCCUAUUGAUGGUGUGUGUUUUGGGUACACUUCUAUUUGAAACUCAUAAAUAUGUGCCUUGUCUCAGUCAGUUAGUUUCAACUUUACUUUGCGUUAGCACGUAUUGUUUGGUAUCUGGCUAUUCCCAUAUUUUCUAUCGUUUUGUGUUACUCCCUCCAUGUGUAAAUAAAAUAAAAAAAUGUUCCUGCAUUCAUUUGUUUUAUUUUUUCUUUUCAAAGUAAUUCUACUCCGUUUUAAGAUUCAGCUUACCUUUGUCAAGUUAAAAAAGAUUUAAAAUUAUUUUUAGGCACUUAAAUAUUGACUAUUAUAUCUUUUUGCAUAGCUUAUUAGAUGAGGAAGUUUUAUCAGUAAUUUGUACUUGUAAUAUGGCAAUCUCUUUAUUGUGUGUAUCGAAUUACACAUUAAAUAUCUAUUAUAUAACAUAAUAUUAUAUACGCAUUUAUUCUCUGCCUAUCUAUCAUUAUAAUUAUUAACAUUGUAUACAUAAUUUCACUUUAUUUAUUUACAUUAUAUACAUAAUUACAUACUGAUAUUAUAUAUAUAUAUAUUAUAUCUAUCAUAUUAAUAGAAAUAUAUCUUUCACAUAAUAUACUCAUGUUAAAUUUUCAUUAUAUGCAAUUCUAGACUGAAACUCCAAUAGUCACCUUGGGGUCACUGAAAAUCAGUGGUGGUAAGGUAUUAAUCACCUUGCCAUUAUAAACUGAGUUGGCUCCAUUUGUCAGGUCACUCACUGCCACAUUGCCUACUGCUUCUUAGGAAUAAGCUUCUUAUUAUUUUUCUUUUAUUUGUUUUUCCUUUGUAAAUCAAUUUUUGUAAUCAUUUUAUGAUUCUGACAAUAAAUGUGUUUAUUAUUA